CGAUUACUUAUCAGUACAUCAGAAAAUAAAUUACUGGACAAGUAGUACAAACUUAAAUGUAAUACUUAAGAAAUGGUUGAAAUAGACCAGAGUUUUCAUAUGCUAGGCUAAAGAAAGGCUACAUAAUACAUACUGUAACAUACAAAUACUAAAUAGUAGCGGGUGGAGUUAACUAGUCUAGAACUAGAACUACACUUUAAGUAAGUCAGUUAGUAGUUAGUAUUAUAUUUUAUAUUAUAAUUAAUACUAUAUUAUUUAAUUUUCUUAUCAAAGUAUUAUAUUUUAUAUUAAAAUUAAUACUAUAUUAUUUAAUUAUUAUUUACUAGUAUAAUUUUACUAGUAAUAGUAAUAGUAAAUAAUUUGAAUUAUUUAAAUUUGAGUAAUUUAGGCUAUUACUUAAUUAGGCUGUGGCUAGUCGGACCAAGUAUUAGAAGUGAGAGUUUGGGUUUAUUAAAAAAUAUUUAAAAGGUAAAUGUGAAGAGAUAGCACACCGUUUUUUUACUUUGGUUGCCGCAACCCGGGAACUUAUGUCACAAAUGUAUCCCUAAACCUAACCUGAACCCUAAAUCUAUACCUAAACCUAACCUGAAAAUAUAUGACUGAUGUUUGUAAACUUAGUUUGUCGGUUUAACAAAAAUAAACUACCACUAAUGACAUCUGAAUAGCAUUUAGUUUAAAGGGACCCGGGUACGCGUAGCCGCUAAUGAAGCCAAAUUUACUCAAUCGAUUUUUCUUUGCAGAAUAUUACCUUCCAGCCAUGGCAGGAAGAGGAUUAGUAGAGGGAGAGUGCGGUGGGCCAAACUCUCUUGUAAAGCUCUCUUCACAUUUCAUACAAGAUCAUGGUUUCAAGCAGGUAACUUCGCAUUAAAUACAUAUUAAAAUGCACUACAGUAUCAUUCAUUUUUCUGUAUUAACUCUCUAACUGAAGUUUCUAGUAAAAUAUUGGAAACAGGCUUGGUCGAAAUGUUGAAAUAAUGCUAAAAUAUAGAUUUAAAUAUGAGUUAGGCCUAUAUUUUAACAAUAAUUAGUGCAUUUAAUAUUUUUUAUUGAUAGUAAGCAGUAAGCACUUAACUAUUUGCUAGCAGGUUGUAUAAUUUUUGCAAAAUGAAUGAAAUAGUGAAACGAGGUAUGUGGAAGCUUGAAAUAAGGUAACAGGACAAAUAACAAGGACGUUUCGGCAUAAAGCCUUCUUAGGCGGUGAGACGAAUGAAUACUGCUUGAGUUUUCUACUGUGUUCUUUUCUUUGUUAUAUUUUCAUUUCUAUUGUUGGCUGAGGAAGGCUUUAUGCCGAAACUUCCUUGUUAUUUGUCCUGUUACCUUAUUUCAAGCUUCCACAUACCUCGUUUCACUAUUUCAUUCAUUUACAUAGCUUGAAAGCAGUCCCUUCAUUUAUUAAUUUUUGCUAGCAGGUUGUAUAAUUAAAGUAUUAACGGCAAGCUUCAGGGGGUUGAUUUCUGUGACAAAUUGGCGAAAUGUGCUUUUAUUAUUUGUUGGUGGCUUUGACUUUGUGGCAUUUCUGAAAGUAAAAGAAAUUUCUGCUUCUAACCCUUUUCUCUGAUGGCUAACGAUUACAAGAAUCAUAGAAAGAAAUUUAUUAGCUACUUUCAUUGCAGAUUGGUGAAGAACUGUUUAAAAAUUUAUGGAAAAGGUUAAUCUUUAUCAAUAACUCCAUAUUAUAAAUUUAAUAGGUGACUUAAAUUUUUUAUUAAAAAAAACAAUAAUAAAUUAUAUUUUGAUUUGUAUCAAAUUACAAUAUUUUAUGCUAUCAGCUAGAAAAAAAUAUUAAAUUCCAUUAUUUUUGUGUAAAGAAAUAAGAUAAUAAUUUUCAAAACUGUUAACCUUAACUAGAACACUAUCAGUCAAUGUUAUUAAAAUGUUCAAAAGUUUAAGUCACUUAGAAAUAUAUACAUAUGUGUGACUUAUUAUUGUUACAGAAACUCUUUUGUUAGAUUUAUUAGUGUCUCGCUUUAAAAAAGAACAAAAGAAUUUGUGUAUUCCUUUUGCAGGAAGGUUAUGGUGCCACAGGAAGAUUCCCACCACAAAAGCCAUAUGAGGUAGGUUUUUUAUUGAUUCGAAAGAAUGUUGUUUGUGUCUUAUGAGAAAGGUUUCUUAUUGCUUUCCAAGAACGUUUGUUUAUGGUUUGGCUGGAAAAUUAAUGCAAAUUUGAUACUGUCAUUGCCUGUCAUGUGAUAUUUUCAUCAUACUGUGGUUCAAACCAUUUCUGAUUGGCUGGUUGUUGUCUAGUAGCUUUCACCGCAAUGCUCCUAAAAGCUUGAGGUAUUCCUCCAAGGACACUUAGGUUUGUAUCAAUGUAGAAGCUAAGUGAAAUUCAGAUUUGCAGUAACUAUUGUCAAGCUUAUUAGCUGCUGAACUGUUUGGAAUUUAGAAUUUGAACUUCAUCACAAGUUCUGGAUUAUUAAUACAAGAUAUGCCUACAUACAACGUUAAAUUGAAGUUUUAAACUUCAACCUUUUCCUGAGUUUACAUGUUUGAAAUGAUUACAGUUAUAAAUAAUUAAUUUUUCAUAUUUAUUGUUAAGACAAUACCAAAUACAUUGUUUGUGUUCACAGAUUAACAGAACACUUGGUCAAAUUGCUACCGAUGAGGUAAUUGUUCUACCUUCUUUAAGUAAUGUACUAUUUUAAAAAAAUAUAACUAAUUUUUUUAAAGGAGUUUAUGAAUAUUUUUACAGCAGUGGUACAAAACUUUAAGGUGCCACAACCCAAGAGUUAAUAGAUAAAAUAUUUUAAAUUUUAAAAUAAUAAAUAUAACUAUUACCGUUGAAUAUAAAAAAAUUGUAUUUAACAAUGUUUACAUUAUAAUUUUCAGCCCCUGUUUUAUUUGGACUACAUUUGUAAUAAAAAGGAUCAUCAGCACUGCUUUAGUGAUUCCUUAUUGUCUUCUUCUUCUCAAUAAGAAAAUAGAUUUUAAUUAAUUAAAAGUAAUGUAUUUUCCCAGCCAAGUUAAAGAGAUAAAAAUCUUAAGCUAAAGUCCUCCAGCUGCAAAUUACGCAAAAAAUGUUGUUUGUAUCUCUCUCUCCAGCUGGUCAGUGAAUAUCUUUCAAGUCACCAAACUGCAAUGGCACCACAAACAUUUCACAUGGGGAGCCUGCUCCAAGAAAUGAGAGAAAUUGAGGGGGCUGAAAUGAUUCACGCACCACAGCGAGGUAAAGAGACCAAUCCACCUGAAAAUUGUCAAAUUUAUACAGCACAAAAUAGUUUAUAAUGAAAUUACAAUAUAUGCAAAAGGUUAUGGGCUAAAAAAAAGUAAUACAAUCAUUUUGGAAAAUGUACAAUAUACCUGCUAGUUAGUUGUACACUUGAGAUGCCUAAAGGACAUUGUAUUACAAUGCUACCACAGUUAAAAUUUAAAGACAUUUGUGAGGUGUUCAUUAGUGGAAGUUGAUGCACUGUUUUUCUGUUAACUAUGAUACAAUGUUGUGUAAUUUUAUGCUGAACAGAUUGUUCCUUAGCUACAGUUACUUUAAAAUAGUUCAACCUAUUCAACUUACUCAAAUUUCAGCUCCAGGCAUAGCCGAGCUGGCCUCAACAGCCAACUGGGCAGAGGAGUUCCUAAACACAACAGCCAUCAGCAACACACAUUUGUCAGGCGGUACUGACCAGUGGGCGGCCGAGUAUGACCGACUGCGAGGCGGGGAAGAGAUAAAAUGGGCCCAUGAUUAUCUUGAAAAUGAGGACCACGGGAAACUCGCAUCUGAGUUUUUAGGUCAGCUGGAGACAACUGCAUGGUAGGUCACCGACACAUACUAUGUUAUUAGAACAGAGGCAAUUACCAAUUAGACCAUUAAUUUCAAAAUUAUUACACAAUUUAUUACAUCAAUUCUUAAACCAUUCAUUACACCAAUUGUUGCAAACUUUAUUACGCAAUUUAUUACACCAUUACACAUUUUAUUUUAUAUACACCAAUUAUUACACAAUUUAUUACAUCUAUUAUUAAACAAAUUUAUUACACCAAUUAUUACACAAUUUAUUACACCCUUUAUUACACCAAUUAUUACACCAUUUAUUACAGAAGUUAGCCUUUGAUCUAUUCAAGUUCUAUAUCUUAACUUUACAUUACAAUACUGGAUCUCAAGCUUAAUUCAAUGAACAUCCUUUUUGAAGGAAAACUUUAAAAAUCUGGUCCAUUGAUAUGACAUGAUUUUUCUCAUGAUGAAUAAAAAUAAAUUACAUUAUAUUUACCACUCCUAUUCUUUUCUAUUUUUUCGGUAGGAUACAUGUCUAUAUAUCUAUGAUUUACAUUUGAUUUAUAUUUAUUUAUAUGUUUUGUUGUUGUACUGAUGAAGGCAUUUACCGAAAGGUUUACUUAUGUAUUAUUUAAAAUUAUUAUUAAAGCUAACAUAUAUUGUUUAUUGACUCAAAUGGUUUGUGUCUAAUUAAUCUAUUUUAAAGCUUUAUCGCAGUCCAACACUCUUAUAAUUAGUUGAUUAUAUUUCCCAGGGCAUCUGAGUUUGAGAGAGAGUCUCUGGAUGAUGUGAAGUGGGUGGAUGACUUCUCAGCACAGCAGAGCGACAACGCUUUAAAGAACACUGCCAGAGCUUUGACAGGAGCCAUUGAUGACCCCAAACUGAAUGCAACUGAGGUGGGUUUUGCUUUCAAAAAAAGAGUCCAGUAUCAGGCAGGUAACAUUGUUACAUUUUUGUGCAGCGGUGUGUCAUGAGGUUAUCAAUCCCAUUUCUUUGUCAUAUCAGGUGGCUUUCAGAAGUCUAGAGAGCCCAGGGUCACACCACCACUUUUAAGCAGCCCCCCCCCCCCGAUUUUUACCGUCUGUACUCGAAUCUAAAAAGCAAACUUAACUUUCUUUAUAUUUAGACAUCUAUUAUCUGUAUCAACAAAGAUACAAAAACCUAAAGACUUGUGCUCUUAAGUGAACUCUCAAGUUAGCAAUACCAAAUUUAUAAAUCAAAAUGGUUCUUUCAAAAUUUGACUUUUAUUAAGUAGAUGAGAUGAUAUAUUUGUGAAUACCUGCUGAAUUUACAACUUUGCAGUGUCAAAAUAAUUUUUUUUUAAAUUUUUACAAUGAUCCAUUCAGGAAAAGAUAGAAAUAUGCUUGAUUUGAGAAUCAAUGAUUUAUUAUAUUAUUUUAAUGUUCUGAAGAAAAAAAUUCAAAUUGUUAUUCAUUGCCUUAAUCUUUGUGUAAACGAUUAAAUAAGCUGUUGCUUUAAACAUUUCAGUUUAUGAAGUUUGUAAAGAAAUUAGGGGAUGAGGAAAUCACUAUUAGAGACAACAAAGUUGUAGAAAAAUCUGGUGACCAACUGACGGAUGAUUGGGUGGAGGAUUUCACAUCUCAACAAACUGUGAGUUGCCAGUCUUUUAGAUCUAUAAAUUUUUAGUGUCAUAGACAAAAGCAGUAAGCUCAGUUCAAUAAAAAAAAAUUGGGGCUCCCUUUCUCUGUAUUAUUCUAAGUUAAUGUAAGGGAGAAAUUAACAUUACAUUCUUACUUUCAAACUUGAUCUUAUUAUUUUUUUUUAAAAACCAACCCUGUUUUCUUGUAAAUGGUGGCCUUUUAAGCUUACCACAAAAUUAUAAAGUGCAUGAACUUCAACUCUCAUUUACAGUAUUAUUAGGUAUCAGCUUUUACAUGUUUUAAAGCAAAGACCAUGAUAGGCAUUCAGGCAUUUUAAAAGAAGUAGUUUAAAUUGAUAUGCACUUUCGAAAGUUUGGCCAGUUCAGUGAAUCAACCGCAUCCCCAAUUUAACCUGUCUGAAACACCACUUCCUUGUUUGGUAUCAUUUACAACUCUUGGAUGUGCCCCCAAAUUGCUCAGUUUAUAGUUUUGUUUGGUAUCAUUUACAACUCUUGGAUGUGCCCCCAAAUUGCUCAGUUUAUAGUUUUGUUUGGUAUCAUUUACAACUCUUGGAUGUGCCCCCAAAUUGCUCAGUUUAUAGUUUUGUUUGGUAUCAUUUACAACUCUUGGAUGUGCCCCCAAAUUGCUCAGUUUAUAGUUUUGUUUGGUAUCAUUUACAACUCUUGGAUGUGCCCCCAAAUUGCUCAGUUUAUAGUUUUGUUUGGUAUCAUUUACAACUCUUGGAUGUGCCCCCAAAUUGCUCAGUUUAUAGUUUUGUUUGGUAUCAUUUACAACUCUUGGAUGUGCCCCCAAAUUGCUCAGUUUAUAGUUUUGUUUGGUAUCAUUUACAACUCUUGGAUGUGCCCCCAAAUUGCUCAGUUUAUAGUUUUGUUUGGUAUCAUUUACAACUCUUGGAUGUGCCCCCAAAUUGCUCAGUUUAUAGUUUUGUUUGGUAUCAUUUACAACUCUUGGAUGUGCCCCCAAAUUGCUCAGUUUAUAGUUUUGUUUGGUAUCAUUUACAACUCUUGGAUGUGCCCCCAAAUUGCUCAGUUUAUAGUUUUGUUUGGUAUCAUUCACAACUCUUGGAUGUGCCCCCAAAUUGCUCAGUUUAUAGUUUUGUUUGGUAUCAUUCACAACUCUUGGAUGUGCCCCCAAAUUGCUCAGUUUAUAGUNGGGAAAAUUUUCAGAAACAGUGGGGGGGGGUUUAAAAGUAAGAUCCAAUGUGCCCCCCCCCCCACUCCUUUUUUUUUUUUAGUCUUCCACUUUUGUUUAAUGUGUCAAGUGAGGUUUGUUUCUGUUGGUCAGUUGUAACAGUUUAAAAAACAAACAUUUUUAGACAUAAGCAUGUGACUUGUACAAAAUUCAAACAAAAUCUUAGAUUAAAUCCUAGAUCAUGGCUUAAAAAAAUAAUGAAGUGUGAUGGUGGCAGGGUGAAUCAUGCAGUCCUGAGGCUUAGUUCCAGAAGCCAGUCAGGGUUGUGAGGAGGCCAGUCUCAUGACUGCUUUAAAGCCAGUCAUGGCUGCUACAAAACCAGUCAUGGCUGUGAUGAGGCCAGUCAGGGCUGUGAUAAAGCCAGUCAUGGCUGAUAUGAAGCCAGUAAUGGCUGGGAUGAAGCCAAUAAUGGCUGCUAUGAAACCUGUCAUGGCUGCUAUUAGGCCAGUCAGGGCUGUGAUGAGGCCAGUCAUGGCUGUGAUGAGGCCAGUUAUGGCUGUGAUGAGGCCAGUCAUGGCUGUGAUGAGGCCAGUUAUGGCUGUGAUGAGGCCAGUUAUGGCUGUGAUGAGGCCAGUUAUGGCUGUGAUGAGGCCAGUUUUGGCUGUGAUGAGGCCAGUCAUGGCUGUGAUGAGGCCAGUCAGGGCUGUGAUGAUAUACCACCUGAGAAAUGUUGAUGGCUGUGAUGAGGCCAGUUAUGGCUGUGAUGAGGCCAGUUAUGGCUGUGAUGAGGCCAGUCAGGGCUGUGAUGAGGCCAGUUAUGGCUGUGAUGAGGCCAGUUAUGGCUGUGAUGAGGCCAGUUAUGGCUGUGAUGAGGCCAGCCAGGGCUGUGAUGAGGUCAGUUAUGGCUGUGAUGAGGCCAGUUAUGGCUGUGAUGAGGCCAGUUUUGGCUGUGAUGAGGCCAGUCAUGGCUGUGAUGAGGCCAGUCAGGGCUGUGAUGAUAUACCACCUGAGAAAUGUUAUCAAUGCACUGUCAGCCAUUGACUUGUAAUGUUAUCAAUGCACUGUCAGCCAUUGACUUGUAAUGUUAUCAAUGCACUGUCAGCCAUUGACUUGUAAUGUUAUCAGUGCACUGUCAGCGAUUGACUUGUAAUGUUAUCAAUGCACUGUCAGCCAUUGACUUGUAAUGUUAUCAAUGCACUGUCAGCCAUUGACUUGUAAUGUUAUCAAUGCACUGUCAACGAUUGACUUGUAAUGUUAUCAAUGCACUGUCAGCCAUUGGCUUGUAAUGUUAUCAAUGCACUGUCAGCCAUUGACUUGUAAUGUUAUCAAUGCACUGUCAGCGAUUGACUUGUAAUGUUAUCAAUGCACUGUCAACGAUUGACUUGUAAUGUUAUUAUUAGAUAUCAUUGGGCAAUCAAUAAAAGACAGGAAUAUUGGUAAGUGUAAGUAAUCUUCAUGCCAUUUUGUCUUUCUAGUGAUGAAGGCCAUUCUUGGUUGACAGAGUACGAAUCAUCAACUGCUUUUAAGGUGGGUAGAUCUUAUGGUUGACUCCACUUUGUCCAUUCUCCUAUCUUUGAAACAUCUGCACAUUUCCUGGCAUAGUUAAAAUAUUGUAACACAAUCUCAAACUGAGACCUGCAGUUCCAAGAAGAAUAAUUUCUAAUUAUUUUCACCUUGAAAAUGAGUUGUACUCAUAAUGGGUCCUUGGUAUAGGAUUUUUACUUGCUAAGACCCUCAUUGUUGUUGUCUUUUUAUUCUCUUAAGCUAUGUACCAUUUAAAAAUUGUUUUAUCCUUAUGGCUUUUUAUUUGAUCAAGAAAAUCACUUAUAUGACCAUGAUGUCUAUUCAAGGACUAUGUAUUUGAUCAAGAAAACCACUUAUUAGACCACGAGAAUCCAUUUGAAGAAGGCAAGAAGAAGCUUGAGGGCGGAGACAUCCCCAAUGCUGUCCUGUUGUUUGAGGCAGCUGUACAGAAAGACCCUACGCAUGUUGAGGUCAGUUCAGUUGAUGAUGACCCCAUCCACGAAAGCCAUCAACUUAAUAUUGUUCUCAAGGCUUUAAUUCUUUGAAAUGGUCUCUCAUCCUCUUAUCAACUUUCAGCCAGUUCAAAUACUUCCUAUUUCAAGCUACUGAUAUUAAAAAAAAAAAAAAUUUGAGUGAAUGGGAAUCACAAGGCUAACAUUCUAAAAGUCUAGAGUCACAGGGCUAACAUUCUAAAAGUCUAGAGUCACAGGGCUUACAUUCUAAAAGUCUAGAGUCACAGGGCUAACAUUCUAAAAGUCUAGAGUCACAGGGCUAACAUUCUAAAAGUCUAGAGUCACAGGGCUAACAUUCUAAAAGUCUAGAGUCACAGGGCUAACAUUCUAAAAGUCUAGAGUCACAGGGCUAACAUUCUAAAAGUCUAAGAGUUCACUUCAUUGCCAAUCCAAAAAUUUAAUGCAACAGUCCUCACCACUUUUCUUUCACAUUUUGGAAUUAUCAAAAGUUAAAGGGAAAAAAUCAAAGUGUUUCCGCUAACCUGGGCAAAAAUUGCAUCCUUAAAUUAAGUCAAAUAAAAAAAAAAUUUUAAAGAUUUGAUUGAAUAGGGUGAAACCUAUCAUACAAAUUUUUUUUUGAGUUUUACAAUGGCAUUUUUCUUCAAAUAGUUCUAGUGAAGGAUGUUUAGUUUGUGUGGUAUUACUAGCUUUCUUGAUUAGUCGAUUGAAUCUGUGUUUGAUGUCAGACAAUGAAUUCCUCCCCACAACAGUGGGUUAUUCUGAAGUUUAGUAGGCUUCCAAGUAUUGCACUUUAGAAUAAGUUAAUAACUUGUUGGUUUACACCAAAAUUUAUAAUGAUUGCAAUAGAAAAGUCUUUGGUUGAUUUUUUUAUGCAAGAAAUUUUACUUUAUACAUUUCUAAUAAAACAAUAAUAGAACUAAAUAAAUAAUCUGAUUAUUUGAAUUAUCUGCCUAAAGGUACAAUUAUUUGACAUUGAAACCUCUAUUUUGUAAAUUGGGGGUGGGGGGGGGGGUGUCCUACUUUUAAAUGAUUUUUUAAAAACUUAUUUAGGCAGUUAAAAUCUUUCAAAAUUCCUUAGUUAUAAAAGUUUAGCCAUCAACUGUUAAUAUCAGUAUGAUGACCUAUUUUUCAGGCCUGGCAAUACCUGGGCACAACACAAGCAGACAACGAGCAAGAAGUUGCAGCAAUAGCAGCUCUCAGGAAGUAGGUCAUUUUAUCUCAUUUAUAUAUAUAUAUUUAUAUUAUUAUUUUUUAAAUUCAUUUUUAAACAAGUUUGGUUGAAAUUGUCCUAUAGUGAACCAAAUAUUAUUGUAUGUGGUAGAAACUAUCAUUUUGUGAACCAAAUAUGUUUGUUUGAAAAUGUUAGGUAAUGUGUUUCAUCAUUUUCCCCUAGUUUCUAGAUAUGAGCAACACGCAUCAUAAUAUAUUACCAUAUAUGAAUAACAUGCAUGAUAAUGAUGAUAUGUUACCAUGUAUGAAUGGCAUAUGUGAUAUGUGAACAUUUUGCUUAAGGGAUGUGGUUGUUUUUUUACAAACAAGAAAAGAAUCCUUUUGAUUUGGUCAAGUCUCCAUAUAAAAAAACAAAUGUGUAUGACAAUGUAAUGUACUCUCCUCCUUCAAGGUGCCUAGAACUGAACCCAGACAACCUUUCGGCCUGGAUGGCCAUAGCCGUUUCCUAUACAAAUGAAUCCUUUGGGUCACAUGCAUGCCACGCCCUCAAGUCAUGGCUGGCUCACAACCCCGGCUACUCGAGCUUGGUAACUGAGAUGUCUCCCCCCCCUUCAGAGUUGACGUUCAUGUCAAGGUAGUGCUGUCACGCUGUGUCUGUCUUUUUACAAGUAUCUAGUAUUUAGUUACACAAGUAUCUAUUUUUUUUUACACAAGUAUAUCGCAUUUACCAUUCAAUGUAUUUUGUUUGCCUACAUACUUUACAAACAUGUCAAUAGCUUUGGUCAUUUUUGGAAACCUUCAUUUUUAAUAUUGCUUAGUAUCAAAAAGAUGAAAUUUUCACAUUUUUUUUCUCCAGUUCUGAGCAUGAAAAGGUCCGGGAACUUUAUUUAUCAGCAGCAAGACUUUCAGCAGAGACCCAGAUAGAUCCUGACGUUCAGGUGGGAGAUGUUUAACUUUCUACUGGGGUACUGUCUAUAAAAAAAUUAAAGUAAAAACAGAAUGAUCCUAAGGUGCAAAACAAUAGAUACACUGGUGAACUUGAUGACAACUAUACUAGAAAUGGGAAUCGAACCAAACACGCUGAACUUGAGCCAUGCACCCGAUUAAACCCGAACCCUGCUGAUGACUGAACCAAACUUUAACGUCGCUGAGUAAACUUUAACGUCGCUGAGUACGCACCAACCCGAACGUUCUAUCACAAACUAUUUGCAGAUGAUGCCUAACUGUACAACUGUUUCCGUUCUGAUCCUUUGGACUGUGCUGCUGCUGUUCAGGCUGUUGAGAACUGCUGUCUUGUGGUGAAAUCAUGGAUGUCAUCAAACAGACUAAAAUUAAAUGUCGAUAAGACUGAGGCAAUUAUGUGUGGCUCUGAAGUAAAGAAAACAGCAAAUGCCAUAGAAGUAACUCUAAUCCAAUCAAGAUUAGAGUACUGUAACAGUUGUUUGUGGGGUUUAACUCAGAACUAAAUUCAGAGACUCCAGAAGGUACAAAAUACUGCAGCUACCACUGUACGACGUCAUUGUAUCGCGAAUAAAGAAAUCUGACCACAUCACCCCAGUUCUUGGAGAUCUCCAUUGCUUCGUAUAAGUGAGGGCAUUGAACACAAAAUUCUGUCCCUGGCAUACAGCUGUACAGGAGGCUCUGUACUGGAUGACCUUAAAGAACUGAUUUCUAAACACAUAUCCUUAAAGAACUGAUUUCUAAACACAUAUCCUUAAAGAACUGAUUUCUAAACACAUAUGCAUAUAGAACUGAUUUAUAAACACAUAUCCUUAAAGAACUGAUUUAUAAACACAUAUCCUUAAAGAACUGAUUUAUAAACACAUAUCCUUAAAGAACCUACGCUUGCACAGUCGUUACUGAGAGUUCCCGGUGUGGAUGGACUCGGAAAGAAGUCAUUCGGAGUGCGUUCUUUUGAAGCGAUAGCGCCAAAAUUAUGGAAUAAUUUGCCUCAAUCUUUAAGGGAAAUUGAAAAUGAUAAGAAAAAUAAUUUAAGAAACAUUUAAAGACUUUUUAAGAACAUCAGAGCAUGCUAAAAUAGCAAGGAUACAAGCGAUACACAAGUAUUCAAUCAAUCAAGUGUUUAUUCAUAGAUCUAGUUGUAUAAGUCCCAGGAUACAAGCGCUAUAUAAGUAUUCAAUCAAUCAAGUGUUUAUUUAUAGAUCUAGUUGUAUAAGUCCCAGUAUAGGCCUCCUAUGAUAACUGAAGAAAAUGUUUUUUUGGUGAAUUUCUAUAUAAAACCUGGUGUUAAUAAUAAAUGUAAUUUAAAUAUAUAUAUUUAUUCAAAUUUAAACCAAAUUAAUUUCAAAUUUCUGAACUCGCCAAACUGCAGUGGUUUGCUGAACAGAAUGCAAGCUUUCGUUGUUACCGAACCGAAACUGAACGUUAGUUGUUACCCAAGCCAAAUCGAACCCUACUGAUGACCAAAUCAAACCCGAACUUCUAAAAGAGGGUCUAAUUCCCAUCUCUAAACCAUACCCAUUGAUGAAUUGUUUGAUAAGAUUUCCACAAAACAAUACACUGGUGAAGUUGACCAUAACAUUAUCCAUAAUGAAAUAUGCUGUACACAUCACCAUCAUACACACAGAUCUAAUGAAAUAUUUGGGACUACCCCCACCUACAAUUGAUCAUGAGCUGAUCAGAAAGUAAUUAGGGCUGCCAAAAAGUAAAUGAGAAUUAUUUAUUUUUUUCAACUCGCUAAUGAAUUUAUUUUCCCUUUAUUUCUUCCACAGUGCGGACUGGGAAUUUUGUUUAACUUAAGUGGAGAAUAUCAGAAAGCCGUCGAGUGUUUUGGCCUGGCUCUUCAAGUGAGACCCCGGGUAAGCAAGGCGCAGACACCACUGGUUCUUUGUUAUGUUUGAUUAUGGCUUUUUAUUGGGUUUUUUGCCCAUGUUUACUUUUAUUGCGAGUUAGACCCCGGGUAAGCCUUUUUGUAUAUAUUAAUUUAAUAGAGCUGGGGGGAAAAUGGGAGGGGGGGGGUGGGGGGGGGGGGGGGGUGAGCAGGCUGACCGAGUUACUAAAACACAGGACAAAGUUGCUGACAGUUGCAUUUCCUGCAACACCAAAAUGUCCCUCUGGUUACCGACUUUGGUUGUGAGAUUAACAGGCUGAGUGGAGACACUGACCAGAAAUAACAUGUUAAAGUUGGAUGUUUUGGGCCAUAUUGCUUGCUGUGAUAAUGAACAAUGUGACAAUGAACAAUGUGUCAAUGAAAAAUAUGACAAUGAACAAUAUGACAAUGAAAAAUGCUGUAAAAUAGCAGAAAAACAAACUAAGCAAAGACCUGGAAAAAUUAUGCCAUGUGAAAAGAAUCUCAUCUUGAAUAAGUUUAGUUUUAAGAGAUGGAGCUGUUUGAAAUAAUUGCUGUAAUUGGUUUUUUUUAGAAAAAAAAGGUCAAUGUAAUGCAUGGAGAAAAACCUCCAUGUGUGAUCUUUGGAACUUGUUGUAAGCAUUAUGGUGUAGCCAGCCACAUGGUAUAUUAGCCUGAUGGUGUAUCAGCGUUAUGUGUAGCCAGCCGCAUGGUGUAUUAGCCUGAUGGUGUAUCAGUGUUAUGUGUAGCCAGCCACAUGGUGUAUUAGCCUGAUGGUGUAUCAGCGUUAUGUGUAGCCAGCCGCAUGGUGUAUUAGCCUGAUGGUGUAUCAGCGUUAUGUGUAGCCAGCCGCAUGGUGUAUUAGCCUGAUGGUGUAUCAGCGUUAUGUGUAGCCAGCCGCAUGGUGUAUUAGCCUGAUGGUGUAUCAGCGUUAUGUGUAGCCAGCCACAUGGUGUAUUAGCCUGAUGGUGUACCAGCGUUAUGUGUAGCCAGCCACAUGGUGUAUUUGCCUGAUGGUGUAUCAGCGUUAUGUGUAGCCAGCCACAUGGUGUAUUAGCCUGAUGGUGUAUCAGCGUUAUGUGUAGCCAGCCACAUGGUGUAUUAGCCUGAUGGUGUAUCAGCGUUAUGUGUAGCCAGCCGCAUGGUGUAUUAGCCUGAUGGUAUAUCAGCGUUAUGUGUAGCCAGCCGCAUGGUGUAUUAGCCUGAUGGUGUAUCAGCGUUAUGUGUAGCCAGCCACAUGGUGUAUUAGCCUGAUGGUGUAUCAGCGUUAUGUGUAGCCAGCCGCAUGGUGUAUUAGCCUGAUGGUGUAUCAGCGUUAUGUGUAGCCAGCUGCAUGGUGUAUUAGCCUCACUGUGUAGCCAGCCACACAUGGGGUUGUGAUGAGUCUGUCGACCGAGCCUGGAAGUGUUACCCAGGCCCAAGUUCUAUACGUAGUUAGAAAAGAACACACUAUCUUCUCUUACUGCCAGGAUGCGCUGCUGUGGAACAAAUAUGGUGCCACCCUGGCCAACGGUAACAGAAGUGAGGAGGCGGUGGAGGCCUACAGAAGAGCUCUUGAGCUGGCCCCAGGGUUUAUACGCUCCCGUUACAAUUUAGGCAUUGCAUGCAUCAACUUACAAGCAUACAGGUCAGUUGUUCCAAAUUUUAUUGUAUUUUUCUUAUAAAGUUUAAAAGUAUAAUAGUGUUUAGGGAUAUUUCAUAAUGAGUUUUUAAUGACAAACUGCUGUUAAAAUAAUUGACAACUGUCAACUUGGACCUAGUAUCACAUAGCCUAGUGAUCUACAUAGUAUCAUCACAUAGCCUAGUGAUCUACAUAGUAUCAUCACAUAGCCUAGUGAUCAACAUAGUAUCAUCACAUAGCAUAGUGAUCUACAUAGUAUCAUCACAUAGCCUAGUGAUCUACCUAGUAUCACAUUACCUAAUGAUUUACAUAGUAUCAUCACAUAGCCUAGUGAUUUACAUAGUAUCAUCACAUAGCCUAGUGAUCUACAUAGUAUCAUCACAUAGCCUAGUGAUCUACAUAGUAUCAUCACAUAGCCUAGUAAUCUACAUAAUAUCAUCACAUAGCCUAGUGAUCUACAUAGUAUCAUCACAUAGCAUAGUGAUCUACAUAGUAUCAUCACAUAGCCUAGUGAUUUACAUAGUAUCAUCACAUAGCCUAAUGAUCUACCUAGUAUCAUCACAUAGCCUAGUGAUUUACAUAGUAUCAUCACAUAGCCUAGUGAUUUACAUAGUGUCAUCGCAUAGCCUAGUGAUCUACCUAGGAUCAUCACAUAGCCUAGUGAUCUACAUAGUAUCAUCACAUAGCCUAGUGAUCUACAUAUUAUCAUCACAUAGCCUAGUGAUCUACAUAGUAUCAUCAUAUAGCCUAGUGAUAAACAUAGUAUCAUCACAUAGCCUAGUGAUCUACCUAGUAUCAUCACAUAGCCUAAUGAUCUACAUAGUAUCAUCACAUAGCCUAGUGAUCUACAUAGUAUCAUCACAUGGCCUAGUGAUGCAGUAAAGAGCUACAGAUUUACCUUUUUACCAACAGAUAGGUUGCCCUUCAGAUAGGUUGCCCUUCAGAUAGGUAGCCCUUCAGAUAGGUUGCCCUUCAGAUAGGUUGUAUUUCAGAUAGGCUUCUCUUAUACUUUGUGAAUUUUUUUAAUCUUGUGUCUUCAAAAAUGCUGGGGUUUCAUCUGGGCAUGAACUAAAUCAAGGGUCAGGGGUUCUUUACCUUUUUGCAGCACCACUUCCCCUCUUAAUUUCAAAACAUUUUCUGCAUCCCCAUCUCAAUGUCCAAACAUAAUUCCCUUGACCAGUUGCAUACAUUUUAGAAACCACUGCACGACGUCAUGUGACUGACCUAGCCCAUUCAAAUUUGUGGCUGUGGUUAAAUUCAAUUGGUCAAAAAUAUAAUUGUAGUGAUUGGUAACCAAUGCCUGGAUUCAUACUGCCAGGUAAUUAAUGCUACAGUUAAAUCAAGAUCACUCUUAGAUAAUAAUUGACGAAACAUUUAACUUGUUGUAAAUAAUUUUAUCCAGAGAAGCUGUUGAGCAUUUUGUCACGGCUCUGAACAUGCAGCGGGAGAGCCGAGGCCCCCAGGGUCAAACCUCGGCCAUGUCCGAGAACAUCUGGAGCACCAUGAGGAUGGCCCUUUCCCUGCUAGGCCGAACUGACCUCUAUAGUGCGUGUGACGAGCGCGACCUCGACCGAUUAAAAGACAUCUGACACACCCAGGAGAUCGAGGCUGUAAAUAUGUAUGCAAGAGAUGAUUCUGCUGUGAGCUGCAAGGUCUGCGUGAGGGCUGUGAUGUGUGAAAGUGUGGACUUGAAAGAGCAUGAAUUUGAUGUCUUUGGUACUGGGCCACUGCUGACGUUGAACACUAGCCUGUUGAAUCUAACUACGUUUAAGAGUGAACGUGAGACACUGUAUGGGAGCUUGAAACUUAUUUUUCAAUGAACUUUUUAAAGUGCUUUAAUGUGUUAUGUUAAUAUUGAAAUAGGGUUUAACCUUUGCAACAAUGUAUGAUGAAAGUGUCAUAAAUUGGCAAAGAAGGAAAUUUCAAUGUUAAAGAAUGUGUGUGUUUGUUUUCAACAUAACGGCUUGAAGUAAAGCAGAGAGUGAUCAUAAACGAUUGCUUCCUGUGUUUUUAAACAACCAUUUUCCGAAUGCUUGGGUUUAGUAACUUCUUGAAUAUUAUACUAUUGACAGUCAACUACACAAUCAUGGUGCCCUAUAGCUAGAGAAUUAAGCCUUUGUGGAAAUUAUGACAUUGAUAAAAUAUUUGGCAGUUAGCUCCCUUUGCCUCACUUGGUCUCACACCUUAUGGGGUGUCAGUUAAGAGACAGCUCUGUCAACAGUGUCCAGGGAGGCUGGUUUGAGCUUUAAUUUGGGUUGAUCAGCAGGAGAGCCAGUGAGACAUCCCCAGACUGAUUGCAGCCUGUUACAUGACACAUCCUAGAUGAUGGGAAAAAGGGGAGGUCAUAAUUUAUUUUAUCCAGUGUUUUGAACUCCAGAUGAAUGCACCUUUUUACGUUGUUUUAAUGUGUCCCCUGUUUUACGUUACGUUAGAUUAGUACUGCCACUAGGGCUAUGUCUAGGGUAUGGUUAUAUUUCCUAUUUAAGUACUCUAAACUAAUCUCACUCCAGACUCACUCUAACAUUCAAUGACACUCUCACUCGCUCACUUCUAUUAAUGCUAUCACUAUACUAAGAAACACAGGUGGUUCAGCCCACAAAUAAAUAUUUAAUUAUAAACAGAAUUAAAGACACACAUACACAUAUAAAGCAAUGACUAAUUAUACUGUCUCAUACUUUAUACAAUUUUGCGAUGGACUAAGUUGUGAUUGGCGAUCUUGUCCUCUAAGCAGGUCAGGUCCCAACACACACACACACAGCAGUCUUGUAGGUUUGGCCUCUCUCUCUGGUCACUGGUCACUACACACUGCGACGUGAGGUGUAGUCUCUAAUACUUCGAUUGUGGGCACACACACGACUUGGGCUUGUGGCCGCGUCUCUGCUAACUCUAGUGGGCUUAACCUAGGCUUGGUUCCUUGUCAGUGUUAGUCUGACCCUAACUGACUGACUCCACUAACUGACUCAACUGUAGUGAGGAGUCCAGACUCUACGGUAUACUAUACUGACUUUAAAUGAGCUCAACUAUACUGAGACUAAAUUGUAAUAACUGGACCUCAACUCCACUAUGUUCAAUUAUACUAACUAUGCUGAGACUAACUCCAACUGGCUAGAAAUGAGAAUAACAAAUACAACGUGUAAGAUAUAACUUAAGAAUUAAAAUCACAUCACGCUAUUAACCCUUUAAGGGCAGACGUUUUUCCUUUUGCUCGCUGUGAACUUGCCAGAUUUUUUAGGUUUUUAGUAAGAUUUAGGGCUACGUUAGAAAAAACGUCACAUCUAAUGUGUGAGUGAAGCGAUUUUUAUUAAAUAAAUAACAAAAUAAAGGAAAUGAAAGCAGAUUUAUGAAGUUGACUCACAUGUCAAAUGAAUAAUCCAAAGUUGCCAGUUAGCCACACAUGAACACAAAUAUUUACAAAAUAUACUUAUAGUUUGUGAUUGUCAGUCAUUUAUACACCAUUUACAAACACUUUGCCAACUGCUCAUUGGCCUCCAAGAUGCUGGGGAAAACAAGUGUUUUUACAGUAAUUCACUGGUCACACAUCAUAGCCAUAUGAACUUUCAAUGGCUCGUCCUGAAGAGGUACGACGUUUUGCAUUUUUGCACAUCACGCAGGCUUUCUUCCUGCCCUCAAACUUCACGAGCUUGUGAGUGUGAACAUUUUCUGGGGCUUCUGCUCCGCCUUUUCUCUUUGAUGCGGCCUUCUUCCUGCUAGAGAAUCCUGCGAUGAGCUGUUCAGAUAAAUCCAGACGGAAGUCCAGGAGGGAGUACUGUUUGCUGGGCUUUGCUACAGUCUGCUCGAACAGGAUGAAAGCAUUGUUUAUGGAUGAAUCAAAGACAAAACUGAGGAGGUAGCGCCAGUAUUUUCUGCACUUCUUCUGUGUAGAGUAUUACCCCCUCAUUUGAUCCCCCC